AUGGAUGAUAUUAUUCCUCCGCCUUCACCACCUCCAGGAUACGAAAAUGAUGAAGACAAUGUGAUCCCUCCGCCAUCUCUGUCAGAUUUUGAAUCUGAAGACGUGCCAUCACCGCCCCCUGGAUUUGAUGAUGAGCUAUUGCCACCACCACCACCUCCAGGUUUUGAGGAUGAUGAGGUAAUUUCUCCUUCUGCUGUAUUUGAAGAUGAACUUCCACCCCCACCAAUGCCGCCUGGAUUCGAAAUUGAUGGAGACUCUAGUGAUACAGUAAAUAAAGGCGUGAUUAAUAGGGAUCAUUUUACUAACGACAAAAGGAAGAGACAUAAAGAACAUAUAGAUGAAAAGGUUGACAACAAGAGAAUGAAAUUGAAUAACAAACGGAAAAAGAGCCAAAAAGAAGGCAAAAUUAAUCUAAAUAAAGUGGAAAUGCCGCCAGAACAUCUUCGAAAAAUUAUUGAGGGCCACUCUGACAUGACAUCAAGUAGGUUCAAUCGAGAUAAGAGGGCAUAUCUUGGUGCACUAAAAUACAUGCCUCAUGCUGUUUUGAAACUAUUAGAAAAUAUGCCACAACCAUGGGAACAGGUCAAAGAGGUAAAAGUGUUGUAUCAUGUAUCCGGCGCCAUUACUUUUGUUAAUGAAUCACCAAGAGUAAUAGAACCUAUAUAUAUAUCACAGUGGUCUACCAUGUGGCUAGCUAUGAGAAGAGAAAAACGUGACAGAGUACACUUUAAAAGAAUGAGAUUCCCACCAUUUGAUGAUGAUGAACCUCCUUUAUCGUACCCAGAGUAUAUCCAAAGCCUCGAAUGUCCCGAAUCAGUAACGUUAGAAUUAGAUUCCUACGAUGACGAUGCUGUCAGAAACUGGCUUUAUGAUCCACAUCCCCUCAUUGACGAUAAAAAUAGAAUAAACGGUACUUCUUACAAGCGUUGGCAUCUAGAUCUUCCAAUAAUGGAAAAUCUUUAUCGUUUAUCCAGCCCUAUAAGGAACGAAAUAAUGGACAAUAAUUACUACUACCUGUUUGAUAAGAAAUCAUUUUUUACUUCAAAAGCAUUGAACAAUACUAUUCCAGGCGGCCCAAAGUUUGAGCCUUUAUACCCAGACCAAGAAGAUGAAGAUUAUAACGAGUUCAACUCAAUCGAUGGAAUUAUCUUUAGAGUUCCAAUAAGGAGCGAAUACAGAGUCGCUUUUCCACAUCUAUAUAAUUCACGUCCUCGUAAUGUUGAACUGUCAUGGUACAAUGACCCCAUCUCCUGCUUUAUCAAAAACACUGACGAAGAGCGCGAAACAUUCUACUUUCAUGAAUCAAUGAAUCCUAUAAUAUUUACUGAUAUUCCAAAAGAGCGAAAACCUGCAUCUACUGAAAUAGCAGGACAAACUGAGGAAGAUCCUUUCAUUCUAACACCAACUUUUUUGCCCCUAAUGUCCACAACUGAACUCUACACCUCCGAGACUAAAGGUGCAUUAGAGCUUUACAAUGCAACAUUCCCAUUCAAUAGGAGAAACGGUAGAACAGUUAGAGCCCAAGAUGUGCCAUUAGUGAAAAAAUGGUACUUACAACAUCCUGACGAAGACUAUCCUGUAAAAGUUAGAGUUUCUUAUCAAAAGCUGUUGAAAAAUUAUGUAGCUAACGAGCUCAAGAAAACUUCCUCAAGAAAUAAAAGAAAAAUAAAGCUUUUAAAGAGUCUUCGAAAUACAAAAUAUUUUCAACAAACGACUAUUGAUUGGGUAGAGGCGGGGCUACAACUAUGCCGCCAAGGACACAAUAUGCUUAAUCUAUUAAUUAACCGCAAAGGCUUAACUUAUUUACAUCUCGACUAUAAUUUUAAUCUGAAACCGACAAAAACGCUUACAACAAAAGAGAGGAAAAAAUCAAGAUUCGGGAAUGCUUUUCAUUUAAUGAGAGAAAUACUAAAAUCGGUUAAACUCUUGGUUGAUGCUCAUGUACAGUUUAGGUUAGGUAAUAUUGAUGCGUUUCAACUUGCUGAUGGAAUAUAUUAUAUUUUGAAUCAUCUUGGUCAGUUAACGGGUAUUUACCGUUACAAAUACAAAGUUAUGCAUCAAAUUAGAGCAUGCAAAGAUUUAAAACAUGUUGUGUACUAUAGAUUUAACAAAAUUAUAGGUAAAGGCCCAGGUUGUGGCUUCUGGCAGCCUGCCUGGAGAGUUUGGAUAUUUUUCAUGAGAGGUAUCAUCCCUCUACUUGAAAGAUGGCUCGGAAAUCUAUUAACUAGACAGUUUGAAGGUCGUUCUAACGAAGUCGUGAAAACCACUACAAAACAAAGAUCUGAUGCGUAUUAUGAUUUGGAGCUGAGAGGCUCAGUAAUGAAUGAUAUUUUAGAUAUGAUGCCAGAAAAUCUCAGACAAAAUAAGGCCAGAACGAUCUUACAACAUUUAAGCGAGGCUUGGAGGUGUUGGAAAGCUAACAUUCCAUGGGAGGUUCCAGGAAUGCCAGAGCCGAUCAAAAAUAUAAUUGAACGCUACAUCAAGGCUAAGGCCGACGGUUGGGUUUCAUCAGCCCAUUAUAAUCGUGAACGUAUUAAAAGAGGUGUUCAUGUUGAAAAAACUGUCGUUAAGAAAAAUCUAGGAAGGUUGACAAGACUCUGGAUCAAGAAUGAACAAGAAAGACAGCAACAAAUAGAAAAAAAUGGGCCUGAAAUAACGCCAGACGAAGCUACCUCAAUAUUUUCUACCCUAGUUGACUGGCUAGAAACCAGAAGCUUUUCAUCUAUACCAUUCCCUCCUUUAACAUAUAAAAAUGAUACUAAAAUCUUGGUCCUUGCGUUAGAAAACUUAAAGGACGCUUAUGCUUCAAAAGUACGUUUAAAUGCUUCUGAAAGAGAAGAAUUGGCUCUCAUAGAGGAGGCGUACGACAACCCACAUGAUACACUAAUCAGAAUUAAGAAGUACUUGCUCACUCAAAGAGUUUUUAAGCCUGUCGAUUUGUCAAUGAUGGAACAUUAUCAAUAUAUAUCGCCAGUUUAUACGGUUGAUCCGCUCGAAAAAAUUACCGAUGCCUACUUAGAUCAGUACUUAUGGUAUGAGGCAGAUCAACGAAAGCUUUUUCCCAAUUGGAUCAAACCAAAUGACGCCGAAAUACCUCCCCUUUUGGUAUACAAAUGGGCACAGGGAAUAAAUAACGUCUCAGAUGUCUGGGAUGUCUCCAAAGGACAGUCGACGGUUAUGUUAGAAACCACGCUUGGAGGCAUAAUCGAAAAAAUUGAUUUUACACUGUUAAACAGACUGUUAAGAUUGAUCGUAGAUCCAAAUAUUGCAGAUUAUAUGACAGCAAAGAACAAUGUAGUCAUGAAUUUCAAGGAUAUGUCACACGUCAAUAAGUACGGUCUUAUCAAAGGGCUACAAUUUACUCCAUUUAUUUAUCAGUAUUAUGGUCUCAUUAUUGAUUUGCUAGUUUUGGGCCCCGAUAGGGCGAUUGAUCUAGCUGGUUUACCCAGUAAUCCAAAUGAGUUCAUGCAAUUUAAGAGUGUGGCUAUCGAAACAAGACAUCCAAUUCGCCUAUACUCUCGUUAUUUAGACAAAAUUCACAUCUUAUUUCAUUUCAGUGAACAAGACGCGGAUGAACUUUCAGGUGAUUAUCUGGCUGAAAAUCCAGAUCCGAACUUUGAAAAUGCAAUUGGUUAUAAUAAUAAGAAAUGCUGGCCAAAAGAUUCAAGAAUGAGAUUGAUGCGCCAAGAUGUCAAUCUGGGAAGAGCCGUAUUCUGGGAAAUCCAAGAACGUAUACCUGCUUCUUUAGCAAAUAUUACUUGGGAUGAUUCCUUUGUGUCGGUCUAUAGUAAAAACAAUCCGAAUCUUUUAUUUUCCAUGUGUGGUUUCGAAGCACGACUUCUACCAAGAAUUCGAACUAGCGAAGUUAUUAUCACGGGUGAAAGUGUAUGGGACUUGAUUGAUGACUCUACAAAACAGGUGACAGCAAAGGCUUACUUGAGAGUAUCUGAUGAAGAAGUAAAAAAGUUCGAAAGUAGAGUAAGAGGUAUUUUGAUGGCUGCCGGUUCCACAACGUUUACAAAAAUUGCUGCUAAGUGGAACACUGCUGUGAUUUCCUUAUUUACAUACUUCAGAGAAGCAAUUGUUUCUACAGAAUCUCUAUUAGACGUGCUAGUAAAGGCUGAAACGCGGAUUCAGAAUAGAGUCAAACUGGGACUGAAUUCCAAAAUGCCUACUCGUUUUCCGCCUGCAGUUUUUUAUACACCAAAGGAAUUAGGUGGUUUGGGGAUGAUAAGCGCUUCACAUAUUUUGAUUCCAGCUUCUGAUCUAACCUGGUCUAGACAAACCGAUACAGGUAUUACUCACUUUCGUGCUGGUAUGACACAUGAGGCAGAACAAAUGAUUCCAACUGUAUUUCGUUACAUCACUACUUGGGAAAAUGAAUUUUUAGAAUCUCAGCGAGUAUGGGCGGAAUAUGCUGCUAAACGUCAAGAAGCAAUAAGACAGAAUCGUCGUUUGGCCUUCGAAGAAUUAGAAGGUUCAUGGGAUAAGGGGAUUCCUCGUAUUAGCACCCUCUUCCAAAAAGAUAGACACACAUUGGCAUAUGAUAGAGGUCACAGAGUCCGUAAGGAGUUCAAACAGUAUUCGCUUGAAAGGAAUAGUCCAUUUUGGUGGACUAAUUCAAGUCAUGAUGGUAAAUUAUGGAACUUGAAUGCGUAUCGUACUGAUGUGAUACAAGCUCUUGGUGGUAUUGAAACCAUUCUAGAACAUACAUUGUUCAAGGGAACCGGCUUUAGUUCUUGGGAAGGUCUCUUUUGGGAAAAGGCUUCUGGGUUUGAAGACUCAAUGCAGUUCAAAAAGUUGACACAUGCACAGAGAACAGGUUUAAGCCAGAUUCCCAAUCGUCGGUUCACGCUUUGGUGGUCACCAACAAUAAACAGAGCUAAUGUGUAUGUUGGUUUUGUUGUGCAACUGGAUUUAACUGGUAUAUUUUUACAUGGUAAGAUUCCUACAUUAAAAAUAUCAUUAAUUCAGAUAUUCCGUGCACAUCUUUGGCAAAAAAUCCACGAAAGUAUUGUUUUUGAUGUUUGCCAAAUUCUUGACGGUGAAAUGGAUGUCCUCCAAAUAGAAUCCGUGAACAAGGAGGCUGUUCAUCCUCGUAAGUCCUAUAAAAUGAAUUCCUCGGCUGCCGAUGUUAUAAUAGAUAGUCUGCACCAAUGGGAAAUUUCUGAACCAUCACUUUUACACGAGACAAAUGAUAACUAUAAUGCAGCUGUAACAAACAAAAUGUGGAUUGAUGUUCAAUUAAGGUAUGGGGAUUACGACUCCCAUGAUAUUUCACGUUAUGUCCGUGCUAAAUUUUUGGACUAUACUACGGAUAAUACCAGUAUGUAUCCCUCUCCAACAGGUGUUAUGAUAGGUAUUGAUUUAGCAUACAACAUGUAUGAUGCCUAUGGUAAUUGGUUCAAUGGUUUAAAGCCUUUGAUUCAAAACAGUAUGAGGACAAUAAUGAAAGCCAAUCCUGCUUUGUAUGUUCUUCGGGAACGUAUCAGAAAGGGUCUUCAAAUAUAUCAAUCUAAUGUUCAAGAACCGUUCCUGAAUUCAUCUAAUUAUGCUGAGUUAUUCAAUAAUGAAGUCAAACUCUUCGUAGAUGAUACCAAUGUUUAUCGUGUGACUGUUCAUAAAACAUUUGAGGGCAAUGUUGCUACCAAAGCAAUUAAUGGCUGUAUUUUCACUUUGAAUCCAAAAACAGGUCAUUUGUUCUUGAAAAUUAUUCAUACAUCUGUCUGGGCCGGUCAAAAAAGAUUGAGUCAAUUGGCCAAAUGGAAGACUGCUGAAGAAGUUAGUGCCCUCGUAAGGUCCCUUCCUAAAGAAGAACAACCGAGACAACUUAUUGUUACCCGCAAGGCCAUGUUAGAUCCUCUAGAAGUUCACAUGCUUGAUUUCCCAAAUAUUUCAAUAAGACCAACCGAACUAAGGCUACCAUUUUCCGCGGCGAUGUCUAUCGACAAACUGUCAGAUGUUGUUUUAAAGGCUACGGAGCCACAGAUGGUUCUUUUCAAUAUUUAUGACGACUGGUUAGAGAAAAUCUCAUCUUAUACUGCAUUUUCAAGAUUGAUCCUUUUGUUGAGAGGUCUAAAAACGGAUGAAGAAAAGGCAAAAAUGAUUUUAUUGGGUGAUCCAACCAUCACAAUAAAGUCUAAUCAUUUAUGGCCUUCUUUUACAGAAGAACAGUGGAUUUCUAUUGAGACACAGAUGCGUGAUCUUAUUUUAAGUGAAUAUGGUAAGAAAUAUAAUGUUAAUAUUUCUGCAUUAACACAGACAGAAAUAAAGGAUUUGAUAUUGGGUCAAAAUAUAAAGGCUCCUUCUGUUAAAAGACAAAAAAUGGCAGAACUGGAGGCCGCUAGGAAUGAAAGUGCAAAUGCUGACGAAGGAGCUGGGGCUUCUACUGUCAUGAAAACCAAGAGCGUCAAUGCACAGGGUGAGGAGAUCGUUGUGGUUACUUCUACAAAUUAUGAAUCACAGUCAUUUAGUAGUAGAAACGAGUGGAGAAAAGAUGCUAUUGCAAAUAGCUUGCUGCAUUUACGUCUAAAGAAUAUCUACGUAGCAUCCGAUGAUUUUGUGGAAGAUAAGAAUAUAUAUGUGCUACCAAAGAAUUUAUUGAAAAAGUUUGUCGAAAUUUCAGACGUCAGAAUCCAAGUGGCAGCGUACAUUUUUGGUAACUCCCCAACAGACCAUCCUAAUAUUAAGGAAAUUAAAACCAUAGCUUUAGUUCCGCAACUAGGUAAUAGUAGAACUACAGAAUUAAGCAAAAUUCCUUACAUUGAAAAUAUACCAGGGCUAGAAGAUUUGGAGCUCCUGGGGUGGAUACAUACUCAAUUUGAUGAUCUAAAAUUUAUGUCUGCUGCUGAAGUCUCUACUCAUGUUAAACUCUUUUCCCAGAACGGUGAUGAUGAAUUAAUCGAUUUGAGUAUCUGUUCUCGACCAGGUUUAGUUUCGCUAGCUGCAUAUACCUUAUCGGAGGAAGGUUACCAAUGGGGCCUCGAAAAUAGUAAAGUUAUUGAUACUAUGCCUGAAGGUUUUGAACCAUCUUUUAGUACACAUGCACAACUAUUAUUAUCUGACCGUAUCCUCGGUAAUGUUAUAGUUCCAUCCGACAGCGUAUGGAAUUAUCUUUUCAUAGGAACAAGUUUCAACCCUGAGUAUCAAUAUGAAAUGAGAGUUGGCAUACCGCACGAGUUUUACAGUGAGUUACAUCGCGCCAAUCAUUUCAUUCAGUUCAACGAACUCGCAGGUGAUGAGCAACUAGAGGCGGAACAAGAAGAUGUUUUCGCAUGA